AUGAGCUCACAAGCAGUGGUGAAAUUUUCCUACGAUCCUCGACUGGAAGACGAGUUAAAGUUGACGCGCGGCGAGACUGUAAUAGUAAUUAAUAAAAGCAGUGACGGAUGGUGGAAAGGAGAGAGAUGCGGACAAACUGGCUGGUUUCCGUCCAACUACGUAGAGGAGGUUGCCGAUCACCUGAAUACAGGAGAUAAUGGAAAUGAUGGAUCUGACGGGUGUACUGCUGGUGUCAGGCGUUCGCCGAUAGCGAUUAUUUCUUCUCUGGCUCCUUCAACGCAGACCAAACCCGUGCUAGAAGUGAAUGUGUUGUUGCCCUCUACUCUUUCGAUGCUUCAACAGCAGAGGAACUGUCUUUCAGAAAAGGUGUGUUUCCUCUUUUAG